AUGGUUACUCAUGCUUACCGAAGAAUCGAAACUCUGAAACCUCAUAACAACGGCACUGGAAGAUUCCAUAAGCUCAAAAAGCCUACAAAACCACCGACAAUCAUCAUGCCCUUCUUCUACUCCAAGCCCAUCGGCGGCCGCAACUUCGGCACCUCCGUCCACGCAGACCGCCACGGUAUCCGCCGCGGUCCCUGGCGCAUGCGCAUCGGCCGAUUCAACUGCUUCAGAUAG